ACGCUGGUGUGUGACGGCGAGUGGAAGGUUCACAUCGCUAAGUUCUCUCUGCUGGUGGGCUCUAUCUUCGGUUACCUGCUGAUGGGAGCGAUGGCAGACUGGUUGGGCCGGAUCCCCGUGCUGCUGGUGUCUGUGCUGUCUGUGCUGGUGUUCGGUUUGGCCGUGGCCUUCUCUGUGGAUAUGGCCAUGUUCAGCACGCUGCGCUUCUUCGAAGGCUUCUGUCUGGCGGCGAUCAGACUCUCGCUUUACGUCUUGAGGAUCGAGCUGUGUUUGCCCGCGUGGCGUUUCUCCAUGACCAUGAUCGCCAGCCUGAUCAUCGUGAGCGGCCAGCUGCUGAUGCCCGGUCUGGCGGCGCUGUGCCGUGAUUGGCAGAUCCUGCAGAUCGUCAUCAUCGCCCCGUUUGUGCUCAUGCUGCCGUACGUCUGGAUGUUUCCGGAGUCUCUGCGCUGGUUGUUGGUCACUCAGCAUUAUCAAAGAGCCAAGCGACAGAUGUUCCGCAUCGCCCGUAGCAACAGCGUCGACACGGCAACCGACUCCAGCGGCAUCCUCUCAGAGCUGGAGACUGAACUGCAGCAGAAGCCGAAGACGUUCUGCGUGACGCAGCUGAGUGGCACCAGAAACCUGUGGAAGAACACCGUCGUCCUCUGCGUCAACUCGUUGACAGGUUAUGGCAUCCAUCACUGCUUUGCGCGCAGCGUUCUGGAGGGCAGCGCAUCUCACCUGCAUUAUUACGCAUUAGCGGCGAUCGCCGUGGCCUCCUGCAUGGUGCUGUUCCCGGUGGUGGCUGGCUUCGGCAGGAGAGGAGGACUGCUCACCUUCAUGAUCAUCACGGCUCUGGCGUCGCUGCUGCAGCUGGGUUUGCUCAACCUGAUCGGCAAGUACAGUCUAUGGCACGAUGCAGCUCAGCGGGACUCGCUGAACCAGCGCUUCUCGUACGCGUUCUCCAUCAUCGGGAUGUUCUCGUCUCAUGCCGUCAGCACACUCAGCAUCUUCUACUGCGCCGAGAUCACGCCGACGGUCAUCAGGGGUGGAGGAGUGGGUCUGGUCCUAGCGAGCGCAGGUUUCGGUAUGCUAACAGCGCCGCUGAUGGAGCUCCACAAUCAGAAGGGUUUCUUCCUGCAUCACGUGAUCCUCACCUGCUGCACUCUGCUCUGCAUCAUUUGCAUACCGUUGCUCCCGGAAACCGCCAGCCAACCGCUGCCCGAGACUAUUGCUGAGGGGGAGGGGCUUCUGCGGCGGCCCAUCUUCCCCGGAGAACAGCACCACCUACUGGCCAGGACCGAGGUCAGGGAGUAUUCGCGCGUUCAGGACACGCCCCUUCACCAGGUCGUCAACCCCGGCAACGGCUCGGUGCCUAGCAACAGCACAGCCAAUGGCGUGAGGAUUUCAUGACGGCGUUUGCUAAAUAUGGCCGAACGAAGAGCGAUUGUCGAGAACGAGUUUCACUCAUUCGUUUUUUUUAAACUGCGAAAUGCGACUGAUGUCGUGGUAAAGUGUCAAACGCCUCAUUAACCAGCAUCGGUGAAAAAUUCUUACCAUUGUACAAACUGGAAAUGUUAUUUUAACUUGCGUUUAGCGAAAGGAGCUCUAUUUUUCGAAUGGCCACUACCGAACAACAACCUCACGGAGGAGUUUCACUGAUUUGAAUGCGUUUUGUUUUGUACGUUUGGUAAAUGUUUGGUAUUUAUUAUAAGGACAGAAUGACGUUGACUGUAAGAACCGGCGGACUUUAUUCAUGUACAGGAGAUUGUUUCCACCACAGGAAAAUAAAAUAAAAAAAGGUAUUCGUAACUUUCUCUCACAGUCACAACUCCGACUUUUUUCUCGCAAUUCUAAGAAAAAAAUGUGCAAUUCUAAGUAAAAAAAAUAAUAAUUGUGGGAUAUAUACUCAGAGAAAAGUCAGAAUCACAAUAUAUAAACUCGCAAUUCUGAAAGAAGUAAAAAUCGCACAAUAUGACCUGAGAAUCGCAAGAUUUAAUGCCACAAUUCAGAGAAAAGUCAGAAUUGCAAGAUUUAAAGUUGCAAUUCUGAAAAAAGUUAAAAUAGCAAUAUAUAAACUGAGAAUCGCAAGAUUUAAUGCCGCAAUCCUGGGAGAAGUCAGAAUCGCAAGAUAUAAAUUCGCAAUUCUGAGAAAAAAGUUAGAAUUUUUAGUUGAAAAGUCGC